AUGAGUGAUAAACCAGACUUGUCAGAAGUGGAAACAUUUGACAGGUCAAAACUGAAGAAAACUAAUACUGAAGAAAAAAAUACUCUUCCAUCGAAGGAAACCAUCCAGCAGGAGAAAGAGUAUAAUAAAAGAUCAUAA